UGUUUCCCAACCGGGUGAGUCGCACAUGUUGGUUUGGUCGUCGUAGUGUUCCCAAGUUCAAACGCAUCGUUCGCGUUCCGGCUACCGAUGCCGAUGCCGUGUGAAAUCCCACAAACAAAUAAAGGAAAACUUUUGUACCGGUGUGUUUGUGCACGCGGUGCGGUGCGACCGAGAGAGUGAUCCAAUCCCGGCUUCUACCGCGCCACCUCUACCGCCGGUGGUCACGCUCCGUGUCGAUCAGUCAGCCCAACUGUAAUCCACCCAAGUCAGCGAGGUUGAAAACCGCGCCGCGAAAUCCGUCGCAGUCAGUAUUCCUUGCUUGCCGGUUUUUCGCGGAUUCUGGUUUUACUGGUUGUGUACCCCUCCUCGCUUCGUCCGGCAGUCCGUCCGCCGUUCGUCGUAGUCGUCGUCGCCCUUGGAACGCGCGUCGCCGCAAUCACGGAAACUUGACCGUGUGUCUCCCCUCUGUGUGUGGGAGAGUGAGGGCAACACCAAACAAGCACCAAACCGUUGCGUUGGCUGUUGUAUAGCCGUUGUGUAGCUGUUAUUGUUGUUGUUAUUGUUGUGUAGCAGUGCACAGGGACAGGAGUGCUGGAAAACGCGCGCGCUAAAUAGUAUCAAAAUCAACGUUCGCAUAAGAAAUCGCGCGACUAAAGUAAGAAGCACAAGAAGAGAAGCGCCGAGCACAGGAGAGCAUAAUCAGCGAGGAAGCAAAGUGAAGUGCUGUGCUGUGAAUGUUCGUUCGCCUUCAUAAAGUGAGUUUGUCCGCUUCGUAGCAGCGAAGAAGAGCAGUGCAAGAAUUACAGAGGCAAAUAAAAGAUCCCGCGAGAAGGAAUAGCAACAUCAUCAGCAGCAGCAACAAUAAGAAGAGAAGAGUGGAAAAAUAAGAAAGAGAGUGGCGGGCAUUCGUAAUAAAGAGUGGAGAGAAGCACCCUCUAAAGGCGCAGUAAUAAACCAGAAGGUACCAGAUAGCAACGGUUGGGUGUGAGGAGGAAGCGGAAAAGAGCCAGGAGCGCAACUGGAGUGAAAAGAGAAAAUCGCCACAAUGUGGGCCACAGUUCGACGAAAAUAGCCUUCCACUCACCAACAUCAGGACGUAACCGAUCCGGCAACCCGUCGUCGUCGGUCGUCCAUCAGAAUGAUACAAAGUGAAUCAAGUGAAAGAAGAAAUAGCGUGUAGAAAAGCCGUAUAAAUGUGCGAUAAACGCAAGUUUUGAUUUGUAGUGCAUCAUAAUUAUCCGUUUCUUUACCGGAUAUAUUCUUGUACAAAAACGGAGAAGAAAAGAAAACAAGUGCAGUGAAUAGAAGAAACCUAAAACGCCGCUGAAAGCCACUCGCACAGUCAGUGGUGAUUUGAUUGUUGUGCAAACGUUCCCCAAAACCCCGCCAAAAUACGUCAACCAACACAAUACUAGCGAAAUGUUGCCGAAACGAUCCCGUUUGGGCGAUGUUCGUGGACCGAUCUCGAAUGGGCCGAUGCAGUCGCGGCCGUUGGUGGCCCUGCUGGACGGGCGGGACUGCUCGAUCGAGAUGCCAAUACUGAAGGACGUGGCCACAGUCGCGUUUUGCGACGCACAGAGCACAUCGGAGAUUCAUGAAAAAGUAUUAAACGAAGCAGUGGGCGCGUUAAUGUGGCACACAAUCAUCCUCACAAAAGAAGAUCUGGAAAAGUUCAAAGCGUUACGGAUAAUCGUCCGCAUCGGCAGCGGGGUCGACAACAUCGACGUGAAAGCUGCCGGCGAGCUGGGCAUUGCCGUGUGCAAUGUGCCCGGCUACGGCGUCGAAGAAGUUGCCGAUACCACCCUGUGUCUGAUCCUGAACCUAUACCGGCGGACGUACUGGCUCGCGAACAUGGUUCGAGAGGGCAAAAAAUUCACAGGACCAGAACAAGUGCGGGAUGCAGCGCAGGGCUGUGCAAGAAUACGAGGAGACACCCUGGGGUUAGUCGGGUUGGGCAGAAUAGGCAGUGCGGUGGCGCUGCGGGCGAAGGUGUUCGGUUUCAAUGUGAGUUUCUACGAUCCCUACCUGCCGGACGGUAUCGAGAAAUCGCUUGGCCUGAAUCGCGUCUACACCCUGCAAGAGCUACUAUUCCACUCAGACUGCGUGUCGUUACACUGUACAUUAAAUGAACAUAAUCAUCACUUAAUAAACGAGUUCACGAUUAAACAGAUGAGACCCGGUGCAUUUCUAGUGAACACAGCCCGAGGCGGACUGGUGGACGACGAAGCGCUGGCACACGCGCUGAAACAGGGACGAAUCCGGGCGGCCGCACUAGACGUUCAUGAGAAUGAGCCAUACAAUGUAUUUCAGGGUGCCAUGAAGGAUGCCCCUAACCUGCUGUGUACGCCCCAUGCCGCCUUCUACAGCGAGGCGGCCACGACCGAACUGCGCGAGAUGGCGGCCAGCGAAAUCCGGCGGGCAAUCAUCGGAAACAUUCCGGACUGCCUCCGGAACUGCGUCAACAAGGAAUACUUCCUACGAUCGUCGACGGGCGGCGGUGCCGGAGGAUACUCAGAAGCUGGUAUGAAUGGCCGCUAUUAUUCAGGUGGAUUACAGCAGGCACAUAGUACAACACCGCUCGAGGCACCGCAAAGUGCUGGAUCGCACGGGCCACCGAGUUUAGCACCACCGCCGACGUCGCUUCCCGUACCAUCUGUCGUCAACACAGCGCCACCACCACAAGGUAUACAACAUUCUAUGGUCAGCAAAUCGCCUCUUAGUGCCCCCGAUCCAAGUAAUCAUCAUUCGGUUAAGCCGGAACCAUCGGAAAUGCAUUAGUUUCAUUAUGACUAUUAUUACUAUGUAUGACUUAUUGUUAAUUGACACGAAAGUGAAAAACCCAAUCCAGAGCAGAAAAAAAUCCUUUAAAAAAAUUGGACAGCAAGCUUAGGGAAACCCCGUUUUUUCUUUCCUUUGGAUCAUUUGAGCAACACGCAAGAUUAACGUAACUCUCACCAGAUUACACCGUUGAGGGAUUAAACAGUAAAACAGAGAUGAAAAAUUACAGAAAAAAAACAGAUAUAUAUUGAGGACGAAAACACAACAGAGUUACGAUAAUAAUUAUUAAUGGUAAAAACAUUGAAGAUAAAACAAGAAAAUGUGAGAAAUAAUUAUUAGUAAGAAGUGACGAAUAAAAGUAAGCAAAUGAGAGAAAGUGAAUAAACAAGGAAUAAUACAAAAUAGAUUUAUGUAAGCGAAGAAACACUAUGUAUAGAAAUACCAACCGGGUGUAAACAGGACACAAGCAGAGAACUACAAACAGACCCCAAGCUCCAUUACAAAAUGACGACGAAGGAAAAAAUUCAAACAAAAAAAUAGGUAAAAUUGAUUAACGAUAGUUGCUCUUUGUUUGCUUCAAAUGAUUAACUUUGAAUACGAGAUUCAGCUUGAAACCCGCUGGAUGUUAAAUUGGACUAAAACUGGACGGAUACACCCAGGACCUGGACAAGAGAUACGAACUUCUACGUUGUAGUGGUACAUUUAAAAUGAAUUGCUUCCUUUUUUGUUUUAAAACUCUUUAAGAUAAUGAAUUGAAUUAUAUUUUAUUUUUUCUCUGUAAGUAGAACAACAGAAAUUCCUUUUAUUUUUUAAAGUACGGUAGCAGUUAGAAUGAUAUAAACAGAAGUGGCAAAAAAUGGUGAACAUAGGCAAAACAAAACACAGGAAGAUAAGUCAGUGCUGUUACAAACGCGUUUAUUGCGAUGCAAGUUCAUUUGUGCGAUUGAAAUCAAGGUACGCAACUAUUACAACAGUUAAUUGUGCGCUACAUGAGAGAAUGCAAGGAAGCAGUGAGAAAAAGAUUGAGAGUGACGACGACGAUUACUUAUACGAACGAAUGUGUUUACAAUGUAACUAACAGGCAGGAAAGGAAAAUUAAAUAGUGAUUGUCGUUAUAGGGACGAAAAGUGUUUUGAUUUCUCUGUCCCUCUCUUUUGGAGUCCAAGCUCUAGGUGCGCGAAAUAUGUGACCUGGCGAAUGCAGAUCGUUUUCGAAUAAAAACCAAUUACAUGAUGAAUCUUUGACAUAUGGAAACCUAACAUAAUCUGAACUGAUGGAAAAUCUAUGGACUAUUACUAGUGUUGAUCUUGUUGUUAGUUCCCAAAACAUUUCGUUUAACUGAUAUAAGUAGUCGAUUUUUGCAAAUCGCAUCAAUUAAACAGAAUCUUUUGAGAUAUUUCAAAAUUCAAUACCAAAAUUAAUUUUGUACUCCAAAUCCCAAAUAAUUAUGCAUUUUUAAUAGUCGUUCCGAAUACAAUAAGGGGGAACUGAAUGCAUUUCGGAUAAUUCGAAACUUCCAAACCCAACUUUCCGAUACAAAGGCAUGGAACUAAAAUUCUGUUUUAUGGCUGUUUGUCAGUUUCCAAUUGUUGUAAAUGGUCCACGGAUCACUAGAAAGACAUAAAGCAUUACAUGACAGGCAAAUCGAGUGAUGUGUGAUCUAACAUAAUCAGUGUGCGUUCUUCUUAAGAAAUUUAUCAGCGGGAAGCUAUCUCAGUUCCCCUACCAAAAGAUAGACACGUGAAAUGAUGCCGAAAAAAUAGUUUCGUAGAAUAGCGUUACCUUUUGAAGCAUAAUUUUUUAACGGUUUUCAUACUUAAUUAUCUACUUACUUGGUAGACUUUAAGUUCGUUCAUAAUUAUCAAAUGUUUUAGAGACAACGGGGACGCUAUUCUGGUACCAUUUAAAACCUCCAUUUUUGAUGCUACAUCCUUAUGUCUUUCCGCAGUUCAAAUAAUUCGGAUAGCUCAGAAAGCGCUGCUUCUUUAUUGGAAUCCAACCUCAGUCAUUUGAUUUGAUUUAGAUAAUUUACGGCAUUUGUUGUGUUAAAAGGAAAUCCCCUCUUAUCAGUAAUUACUCUAUAUAUGCUGUAUCGUAUACUGCCAUUUUCGUUUAAGUGGUUAGUAACCGAAAGACAAUUUCAAACACUUUUCUCAACAAAUCAUAAUUAAAGGUGCCGUAAAUUUGGUUUCUCAUUCCACAUUACAAAAUUGCUCUACCGAGUGCCAUAUUUCAAUUGCAUUUCCAAAUCCCUUAUCGAGUUUAUUUCAACAUAUUAUGAAUACAACUGAAAUGUCAUCUUCUCAAUGACUAUGUAUGAAACUAAUCCUCAAUAUGCGUUAUCAGAAUGCCGAAUUUACAUAUUUCAAAAACUAUCGAACACAUUGGUUCUAUCACUGAAAGUAUUGUCUUUCAUCAAACUUUUUAUCAAUCUACGUCAAAUUAUGAGUUUGCUUUUUCAAAGGUCUUUUACAUGAUAUCAAGUAUGAUGUUGUGAUAGUACAAGGCCAAUAUUUUUGCUACAUUUUUGAAUACACAAACUGUGUAUCUUUUUUCCAUCCAAUCUUUCAACCAAUUCCAACUGAGGAAAGCUUCACUCGUAAUAAGAACAUUGUCAAUUUCACUACCAUGGUAUUCCAAUGGCCACUAAAGCUGAGGUUUUCCUUUUCCCAUUCGCCGUACAGGUUCACCCCAUCUACCAUCGUCCGGCUUCCGCUUUCCCCUAGGUCAGGAUUUAGGAGCCACAUCCGCACUCAAAUAAUAAGCGAGCACAGACCCAGCUAAGAGAUGAGAAAUGUGACGACUCUAUUUAGGAAGUAGUUGUAAUAAAACCAAGCUAAUACACGUGAGAAAAGUGAAUAAGGAAGAAAUGAUGAGAAAAAACAAGUUUUAAUCUAACUAAUAAGAACAGGAAAAACCCCUAACCGUAUGCUUUAAGAAUGUAAGAGAACUUAGUAAGAGGUCAAAUGCAAACCGCAAAAAAAAAUCUUCACCAUUUUCGAAUUUUGAAGAUAGCAUUAAAUCAAUACCCUAAUGAUGUGAUGAUGCAAAAAAAGAUCAACAAUCAACCAUAAAACCAUUCGACGAAACUGUAGAAUCUUCCUUUCCUAUCAACCCCACAAAUUUCUCAUAGUUUUGCAGCGCCUCCUUUGUUCCGAUAGAAUCCGUUACAAAAAUGUUAAGAAAAGAAAGCAUUGGUAGAUAACCCCCCCUUAAGUAGUGCUGAGCAUUUGUUAAACGAGAGAGAUAAACCUUGCACAGAUUGAAAAAUGACCGAAUAAAAAAGAUUAAGCGAAAACUCGUUUUCAAAUCAAUUAGUGAGAAAACAAUCUAAUGAACAGCACAUCCAUUUCGUUGCGCGCAAACCACAAUGGCAAAUCAGAGCAAAAUUCGAAACGAUCUAAACAUUUUAGGGAGAUAAUAGAACAGCAUCCACUCACAACAUCAGCCCAAACAGCAGCAGCAGAACCAGCCAGCAAACACACGAAAGCAAACCCCCGAAAACCUGUGUAAAUGUGACAAACAAACAAAACAAUACAAACAUAAGAUGGCAGAUAACUGGAUGAAAAACGGAUGGCAUAAAUGAAUAAAAACGUGGGUAAAACUACAAUAAAAAGUAA